AUGGAAGGGGGCGCUCACGGUGAUGGUGGUGCACACGAGGCGGGGAGAGAGGAGGGCAGAGGAGGGGAGCAGGGGGAGCAGGAGGAGAGGAUGGAGAUUGAUGUUGUUGAGGCGGUGGUGCGAGGGGCGACGGGUAACAUUGAUGUGAUUGUGCAGAACGACUCCAGUAGCACGGGCGUGCAUGCACGUGGUGGUGGUGCUCGGAAGAGCACAGGCUUGGGAGCGGCUGCUGCUGGUGGUGGUGGUGGUGGUGAUGGGAGUGGGAGUGGGAGAGCAGGAGGGAGAGGAGGAGCAGGAGUGGCAACAGCAGGAGCAGCAGCAGGAGCAGCGGGGGGAGCAGGAGCAGGUGGAGCAGGAGCAGGUGGAGCAGGUGACAUGGACGUGUGUGUGGGUGAGCUAGCAGUGGUGAAUGAACCGUUUGAACUCCAAUUCAAUUCCCGCAUCUGCUCUCCCGCUGCUGCUCCUGACUGCACUGCCGCUGCUCCUGCCACCGCCGCCGCUACUGCCACUGCUGCUGCCGGUACUGCUGCCAGUGGCAGUGCUGCAUGUGGUGGCGGUGGUGGUGGGAGUGGGAGCGGGAGCGGAGGAGCAGGGAGUCACUGUGCGAGUCAGUCUAGAGCCGGAUCCAAGUCGGGAGCGAGGUCAGGCGGAGGAUCAGCAGGAGGGGCAGGUGAACCAGAGUAUGGAAAGGGCACAUUCCCCUGGUGUGUGAUGGAUCAGUGGUACUGGGAGUGGGGGCUCUAUGGCUGGGACGAUAGCUCCCAAGGGGGUGCCAGAGCGGGUGCUGCUGCUGCUGGUUCUGGUGGUGGUGGUGCGUCUGGGGGGAGUAUUCUGGGUGGGAAGAAAGGGAUAGGGAUUGGGACUGGGGGAAGACGGGGAGCGGGAGGAGGGACCAAGGGCGGUGCGAGUGGGGGAGGAAGUAAAGGGGGGGCGAAUGGUGAGGCGAAGAGUAAGGGAGUGGGGGAUGUGGCGUGUGGGAUCGGCGAGGAGAUGGACAUAGAUGGGGUGGCUGGGGCGGAAGGGAGUGCGGUUACCGAGGCAGCAGAGGACGCCACGUGCCUGCUGUGCGACGCCUGCGAUGCGUGCUACCACCUGCGCUGCCUCAACCCGCCCGCUGAAGAGCCCCCCGCAGGGGACGAGUGGCUGUGCGAGGCGUGCGCGGAGGAGCAGUGGGAGCGGGGGAACGCUGUUGUGUUUGAGGAUGAAGAGCUGUGGGCCAGACGCCACAUGUCAGGGCCGGAGGGGCGGGGGCAGUGGUUGCUGCGCGGCGAGUGGCUGGCGGCGCAGGGGCACAUCCGCGUGGGCCCCAUGUUCCAGGCCGUGGUGGGCGAGUGGCAGGGGGCUGAGGAGAAGGCAGUUGCGGAGAAGAUGGAGAGGGAUGGGCGCGGUGUGGAUGAUGAAGGACUCGAGCGGCCUGUGUUUGGGCAGGAGCGGGCGAUGAGCGAGGAGGAGAAGCAGGCGGAGCUGGAAGCCAUGAGGCAGCGCCUGGCAGAGAGCAAGUGGCCCAUGGGCUGGCAGCCGGUGCGCAACCUGCCGGUGUCGGCAGAGGAGCGGUGGGAGCAGUGCGAGGGGAUUCUGUACUAUGAGGGCGAUGUGCGCGCGGAUGGCAAGACUGCCCGCAGGGACGUGGAGUGCAGCAAGUGGCGCAGGGUGCCGAGUGGGUUUGAGGUGGAGGACAAGUUUGAGUGCUCGUGUGCGCUCACCUUCGACCCUCACCAUGCCGACUGCAUGGUGCCACAGGAGCUACCAAAGAGGGACUUGGAGAGGCGACUCAAGAUGAUAUCGGAGCUUAAAUUGCAGAAGCAGCAGCAGGGAGCGGAGAUGGGCGAGUGGAAGGAGCGGAUGGGCGAGCUGAGGGCGUUCAGGGCGCAGCACGGCCACUGCCACGUGGCGCCCAGGAGCCCCCUGGGCGUGUGGCUGCAGAAGCAGCGCAUGCUGCUGCGCCGCAACCGACUCUCACCCGUGCAGCGGGAGGAGUUGCAGCAGCUGAACGUGACGAUCAAUCUGGAGGAUGCACGGUGGGAGGAGAACUUUGCGGCUCUCGUGGAAUUCAAGCUCGACUACGGCCACCUCAACGUCUCCAACGCGCCACACGCUAACACUCCCCCUCCUCCCACCGCCGCUUCUGCUGCUGCUGCUUCUGCUGCUGCUGCUGCUGCUGCUGCUGCUGCUGGUGAUGGUGCCAGUGCUGGAGCAGGGGCAGGGGGAGGGGGAGGAGGAGGGGGGACAGCAGGAGGAGCUGCUGCUGCUGGUGCUGUUGCUGCUGCUGCUGCUGCUGCUGCUGGUAUCAGUGGCGGUGGCGUUAGCAGCAGUGGUGGAGGCAGCAGUGGUGGGCAGCAGCAGGGAGGAGGGAGGCUGAGGCGGGCGCAGGACUUGGCGCGGCUGAGCCAGUGGGUGAAGGCGCAGAAGGCCAUGGCACAGCAGCCGUUCAAGGGGAAGAAGGCACUGCAGCGAAUCUGCAGGCUCCUGGAGAUUGGAUUUGUUUUUUCGGAGGGCGAUUCCUCCUCUUGA